UUGCUGAGCCUCCUGUGCUACGAGGGGGGGCUGCCCGAGGCCGGUGCUGAGACCCCCUUGGCCCGCUCCGAUGUUCUGACCGGGACUAACCUGGAGAUGCUGCAGGUCCGGGAGGAUCCAGCCACUGCGGAGAAGCCUGAAAGGCCGGGGAGGCUAGAGAGCUUAGAGGAAGACCCUUCCGGCAGCUGGUGCUAUGGAGAGGGGCUUUGCGAGGUUGAUUCCACCUCUGAGGGCACUCGGGAAGGUUCGCCAGAGCCAGCGUGGGCGGCCCUGCCUCCCGCUCCAGCCCCCGAGGCAGAGCAGCCGCCACCUCCAGGCGCCGUGACCAACAGGGAACCCCCAUCAUCCUGCCAAGCCUUCAAAGAGGUUCCAGGCCCUUGUGACCCGGAGGAUCUGCUGGACGGUGUCAUUUUUGGGGCAAAGUACCUGGGCUCCACACAGCUGGUCUCGGAGAGGAACCCCCCGACCAGCGUCCGCAUGGCGCAGGCCCAGGAGGCCGUGGACAGGAUCAAGGCACCCGAGGGGGAGUCCCAGCCCAUGACAGAGGUGGAUCUGUUCGUCUCCACGCAGAGGAUCAAGGUGCUCACUGCAGACACGCAGGAGGCCAUGAUGGAUCACUCCCUGCAGACCAUCUCCUACAUCGCCGACAUCGGCUCCCUCGUGGUGCUCAUGGCGCGCCGGAAGCUGCCCCGGCGCUCCGAGGUGGCAGAGGAGAAGCGGCUCUACAAGAUGAUCUGUCACGUCUUCCACUCGGCCGACGCCCAGGUCAUCGCCCAGGCCAUCGGGCAGGCGUUUGGUGUGGCCUACCAGCGCUUCCUGGAGGCCAACAGCAUCGACCCCAGCGAGCUGACCCCCCGCCAGUACAGCCGUGCCCUCGAGGACCAGGAGCAGUACAACGCAGAGCUGACCCACUUCUCCCGGCAGGAAAACUGCAAGGACGUCUGCAUCCGGAAGCAGAAGGGGGAGAUCCUGGGCAUCGCCAUCGUGGAGUCAGGCUGGGGCUCCAUCCUGCCCACCGUGGUCAUCGCCAACCUGAUGCACGGGGGCCCCGCGGAGCGCUCGGGGGAGCUGAGCAUCGGGGACCGCCUCAUGUCCGUCAACGGGACCAGCCUGGUGGGGCUGCCCCUGGGCACCUGCCAGAGCAUCAUCCGGGAGCUGAAGCACCAGACUGAGGUGACACUGAACAUCGUGCACUGUCCCCCUGUCACCACGGCUGUCAUCCGACGCCCCGACUCCAAGUACCAGCUGGGCUUCUGUGUUGAGAACGGCGUGAUCUGCAGCCUGAUGCGCGGGGGCAUCGCGGAGCGGGGCGGGAUCCGCGUGGGGCACCGCAUCAUCGAGAUCAACGGGCAGAGCGUGGUGGCAACGCCCCACGAGAAGAUCAUCCAGAUCCUCAGCGAGGCAGUCAGUGAGGUCCACAUCAAGACCAUGCCAGCCUCCACGUACCGCUUGCUGACAGGGCAGGAGCAGCCCGUGUUCCUCUGAGCCACUGGCCGUGCCUUGGACAGACAGGAGCAAGCCUGGAGGGGCAGGUCUGGCUCUGCCUUCUGCCCCAGCCCUGCAUCAGAGCCCUCAACAGGACCUGACCCUGCACCUCUUCGGUUUUACUCAGGACAGAGAGGGAGGCUCUGGGGGCUGAUACCCAGCUUGAGCAGUGUCAGGGCCUGUGGUGCCACAGUUUGGGCACCUCCCACCCUCCACUCACGCCUUCCUGCCUCACAGUGCCUGCACAGUGCCCACACAGUGCCUGUCCUGCUGCUGCUGGUGGGAGAAGAGGGGACUCCACAUGAAAGGUCCCCCCCCUCCAGUCAUUGCAGAUUGUGCUUUUACACUCACCAACGGUGCCUUUCCCCAGGUGAGGAUGGUGCUGGAGGCACAGCUCAGCUCCAGAGCUCAGCUCAGCACAGCCCCAGAGCAGUGCUGACCCUGCACUCUGUGUGGGUGCACCACUGGCACUCCUGAGGGACACCCAGCAGCUCCCAGACUCAGCCUUAAGGGCAGCAGCACUCUUGGCACCUACUUCUCCCCUCUGGCUUGGCCAGGGGCCUGCUGGGGUGCAAACAAACCCCCAUUAGACCCGUUACCCCAAGCUGGGAACCUACCUCAGCUUCUCCCUGGUGCUGCCUUGAACUGCUCUGCACGCACACCCCAGCCUGGGGCCUCAGCCCUUGGUGCAGCAAAAGGGAACAUGGCACUGCCCAGCCCCACAUUCUGGGAUUUCCAGGGGGUUCCCUGGGGAUGUGCCUUUUGGUGGGUGGCUCUCUGGGCCCCUGAAGCCAGGGCAGCACUGACCUGGCUGUGCCUGGAUGCUUGGCUGAUGUGAAAAUAAAAGUUGUGGGAAAUG